AUGAUAAGAAGCCAGCUGGCUGCCUCGUCUACACUCUCGAGGCUCCGAAGGAUUGCUGCGUCUGCUCUUACACCCAAACGAGACCACCCCACCACAACCAGCCUUAACCGUCUCGCCGCCGUCGCCCAGCAAAUCAGCGCCGCCAGAAUGGCUGCCGACGCUACAGCCGCGUCUCCGGACGCUGCCGUUUCUCAACGAACUCAACAACCAAUGCUCGCUUCCCAGCGCGCGAGGCUGCAGCAGGACCAAUCCAGCGAAUCCAGCGAUCAGUCGACGCCUCGCCGCACUAUGUCUGGUUUCUUUCCCCUAGGUUACAAAGAAGCGGCCGCUCAAUGGUGGACGAGCAUAUCCUCGCCGGCCGCCGAGCGCAAUGUUCUCUCCAUGAUCCCUUACCUCAAGGAAGCCACCGCCGGCUCCAAUUCCAGUCUACUCAGCGCCAACAGCGGAGACCCGUUCGGCCAGCGGAUAUGGAGGUCCUCGAUGGUUGCGCUCUCCGGCAAGAACAGAGCCCUCAACGAGUACUCGGUAGAACGGGUCGGCGAGCCUGUCGAUGACACUCUUGUCAUGCUCCACGGCUACGGCGCAGGCCUGGGCUUCUUCUACAAGAACUUUGAGGGCUUGAGCAGGGUGGAAGGCUGGAAGCUGUACGCCCUAGACAUGCUCGGCAUGGGCAACUCUUCUCGCCCGCCGUUCAAGGUCCACGCCAAGGAUGCGCCAGGCAAAAUUGCCGAAGCCGAGAGUUUCUUCGUCGACUCGCUCGAGGAGUGGAGAAAGGUCAAAAAGAUCGAAAAGUUCACCCUGCUCGGCCACUCGCUCGGGGGUUACCUUGCCGUAUCCUAUGCGCUCAAAUACCCCGGACACUUGAACAAGCUGAUUCUUGCCUCGCCGGUUGGCAUCCCGGAAGAUCCAUUCGCCGUCAAUGCCGCCAUGCCGGAGCCUGAGAAUUCGACCAUGGCUGCCGAGUUCACUCAGGACCAAGAGAGCAUCACAACCCCCGAGGCUAACGGCAACACCAAGGCCAGCGGCGGCGACAAGAAUACCUUGUUCAACGCAAAGGGCAAACCCGAGGAGACCGGCAAGCCCCAGAGGCGGCCGCUCCCACCGUGGCUGGUCUGGCUGUGGGACGCCAACGUCUCGCCCUUCAGCCUAGUCCGCGCGGCCGGCCCGCUCGGACCCCGGCUCGUCUCGGGCUGGACGUCCCGGCGCUUCAACCACCUGCCGCCCGAGGAGGCGCAGGCGCUACACACGUACUCGUACACGCUCUUCCGCCAGCGUGGCAGCGGCGAGUACGCGCUCCCCUACCUGCUGGCCCCGGGCGCCUUCGCCCGCAGCCCCGUCAUCAACCGCAUCCAGAACGUCGGCCGGCAGGUGGUCCGGCCCGCGACCGAGACGGCGCCCGAGGUCCGCGAGACGGGCUUCCCCAUCGUCCUCAUGUACGGCGACAAGGACUGGAUGGACGUGUCGGGCGGGUUCGCGGCCGAGGAGAAGAUCAAGGCGCGCGCCCUGCAGGCCCUGCUGCACGGCACGCCCGAGGAGAAGAGGCGCGAGAACGGCAGCGCCAAGGUCGUCAUCGUCCAGCGGGCCGGCCACCACCUGUACCUCGACAACCCGGACGAGUUCAACGAGAUCCUGCGCAAGGAGCUCGAGGAGACGAGGGAGUGGGGCAAGCGGCAGCGGGCCUUGGGGCAGUCAUGA